CAGGGCAGAGGGGGCAGCGGGACGCAUCCCCCCCGUCCCGUGCCCCCCACCCGCAGGAGCGGGGGGCCGCGGGGAUGCGGCGGUAGCGGCCGCCGAUGCUCGCCCUGCUGCUGUCGCUGCACGCCCUGCGCCGGUGCCGGGCCAUGGCGAGCGCGGAGCGGCUGGCGGUGCCCGGCGGGGAGAGCCGGGCGGGCGGCGGGCUGUCCCCCGGGGUGGGCACGGAGGCGCGGGAGGCGCUGGAGCGGGUCCUGCCCGUCCUCCGCCGGGCCGUCGCCCACGCCACGCGGGCGGCCAGCCCCGAGGGGCUGCGGGCGGCGCUGUCCGAGGUGUUCCGGCUGGUGGAGGAGGCCUGGGGGAUGCCCGCCGUGGGGAGGGACGUGGCCAAGGUGCUGUGCGAUGUGAUCCGCCUGGAGGGGGGCCUGGACCUGCUGCUCAACCUGCUCUACACCGCCGAGCUGGAGACCAAGUGCCAGGCAGGAAAACUCCUGGAGCAGAUCCUGGUGGCGGAGAACAGGGACCGCAUCGCUCGCAUCGGCCUGGGCGUAAUCCUGAACUUAGCCAAGGAGCGGGACAUCCCCCAGCUGGCCCAGAGCGUCUCUGGGAUCCUGGAGCACAUGUUCAAGCACACGGAGGAGACCUGCUUCCAGCUCAUCUCCGACGGAGGCCUGGACACCAUCCUGUACUGGUGCCGCUGGACGGACCCCGCCGUGCUGCGCCACUGCGCCAUGGCCUUGGCCAACUGUGCCAUGUACGGGGGCCAGGCCAACCAGCGCCUGAUGAUCGAGAAGAAGGCGGCGGAGUGGCUCUUCCCGCUGGCCUUCUCCAAAGACGACGAGCUGAUCCGGCUGCACGCCUGCCUGGCCAUCACGGUGCUGGCCACCAACAAGGAGAUCGAGAAGGAGGUGGAGCGCUCGGGGACGCUGGCGCUGGUGGAGCCCUUCAUCGCCUCGCUGGACCCCGAGCGGUUCGCCCGCGAGAUGCUGGGCAGCGGUGACAACGUGCAGGGGAGGACGGCGCAGGACCUGCAGCGCCUCGUGCCCCUGCUGGACAGCUCCCGGCUGGAGGCACAGUGCAUCGCCGCCUUCUACCUCUGCAUCGAGGCUGCCAUCAAAGCCAGGCAGAAGAAAACACAGAUUUUCAGUGAGAUCGGGGCUACACAGAGCCUGAAGAGGAUUGUGUGCUACUCCACCAGCAGCACCACCUCCUCCCUGGCCAAAAAGGUGCUGCGGAUGAUAGGGGAGGAGGUUCCCCGGCGCAUCCUGCCCACGGUUCCCAACUGGAAGUCCUGCGAGGUGCAGACGUGGCUGCAGCAGAUCGGGUUCAACAAAUACUGCCAGAGAUUCCUGGAUCACCAGGUUGAUGGGGACAUUCUCCUGAGGCUGACAGAGCAGGAGCUGCAGAAGGAUUUGGGGAUGGACUCCAGCAUCACUCGGAAAAGGUUCUUCCGCGAGCUGACGGAGCUCAAGACCUUCGCCAACUACUCCACCUGCGACCGCAGCAACCUGGCCGACUGGCUGGGGGGCAUCGACCCCAAAUUCCGGCAGUACACCUACAACCUGCUCACCUGCGGCAUCGACCGCAACCUCCUGCACCGCGUGACGGAGCAGCAGCUGCAGGAGGACUGCCACAUCCGCACCGGCUUCCACCGCGUCCGCAUCCUCACCGCGGCCCGGGAGACGCUGCACUCCCCCAUCACGCUGCAAACCACGUCCGACGGCACCGACGUGUUCAUCAGCUACCGCAGGAGCACCGGCUCGCAGCUGGCCAGCCUGCUGAAGGUCCACCUGCAGCUCCACGGCUUCAGCGUGUUCAUCGACGUGGAGAAGCUGGAGGCAGGGAAGUUUGAGGAUAAGCUGAUCCAGAGCGUCCUGAGUGCCCGGAAUUUUGUGCUGGUCCUCUCAGCAAACGCACUGGAUAAAUGCAUGGAGGACCCCGAGUGCAAGGACUGGGUGCACAAGGAGAUUGUGACAGCCCUGAACUCCGGCAAGAACAUUGUACCUGUUACAGACCAUUUUGAGUGGCCAGACCCAGAAACGCUUCCCAAGGACAUGAGGGCUGUCCUGAAAUUUAAUGGUAUCAUGUGGUCCCACGAGUACCAGGAGGCCACGAUUGACAAAAUCAUCCGCUUUCUGCAGGGCCGCUCCUCCCGGGACUCCUCGGCUGGCUCGGACAACGGGCUGGACUGCCUGCCCUCCCUGGGGCAGAGCUAGAGCCAGCACAGCAGCCUCACAGACUCCCAGGCGACCCCUUUUUGUGUGUGUGUGGGUCCAAAUUUAUCCCUCCUGACUUUUUCCCACCUUUGAGAGAAAACCUGUGGCUCUUGCUCCCUCUUCUCCCUCCAAACACAAGCCCCAGGCCCCAGCACUCACUCCCCCAGUGCCUGGGGAGCCAAGGCAGGCUGGACUCUGGGGUGGAUUAUGUGUCUUCCACGUCCUCCUGUGGGGUGGCAGGACAUGCAUGGGGUGUGAGGGAGACUGGCACCAUCCAGACCCCCACAAGCAGCUGCAGCUUCCCCCAGAAACACGUCCAAAGAGGGAGAAUCUUUGGAGGACUGAAACUCGGAGAAGUGUUGAGAAUCUAUCGUAAGAGGACACAAAGGAGAGAAGAGCAAUUGAGAGGAAGGUGAGGCUCUGCUGUGUGCCCCAGGAAUAUUCCUGUGGACAGAAACUGAGAGCAGGAAAGAGCAAAUAAAAACUAAGCCCUAACAAAAUCUUUGUGUUUGGGAAAGAUAACCCACAGGGGCUUUCUGAAGUGCUUUAUCUUUCCCAGCAAUGUCCCUUUAUCACAAGAGCUCCUUCCCUCCUCAAAAGACUUCCACCUCCCAGUGCUGCAAAACCACUUUGUGCUCUUACCUCUGGCAGUGGAAAUUUGGGGUUAGACCACGUGAAGCUUCUGCAGGAUCCCUGCAAAAAGUGCUUUUAAAAUACCCUCCUUCCCUCCAUCUGAAGUCUCAGCUUCAUCACUUUAUCAGGUCUGUAUUUUCAGGGCACUGGGGGCUGGACUGUGACCCUGGAAAACUUGAAACCCAUGCAGGGAAGAUGCUAAUUGCUGUGCUUGUGGAGUUAUUCUACACUGUGGCUGUAUUUUAUCCUGCUCCACAGCUGUAUUUUAUCCUGCUCCUGUGCUCUGUGCCUUCAGCAGGAGCUGGUGAAUCUCUCUGCUGACCACCACACCCCCACAGCCCUGGCUGAGCUCCCUGGGGUUGUUCUGCUCACUGCUGGAUGCAAUUCCAAGUAGCACUUGUUUCUUCCUAUCAACCUCUUCUCAACACCCAUAAGGGCUUUUUGCAGUUCCUCACAUUAAAACAUCAAGAAAAAGUGGAGUUUUUGCAAAGGGCUGGCAAAGGAUGCUCCGGGACCAUCAGUGCCUGCUGCCAACACUGCAGGUGAGGAACCAUGGGCAUCCUGGCACAAAUCCCUGCAUUCCACACUCCAGGCUGAUGAAUCACCUUGCAGAAGCAACAGUCUCCUCUUCCCAUCCUUGCUCAAGAAGAACUCAAACUUUUCAGGAGGUAACAAAGAGUCUCAGCCACCUUGUCCUCCUCCUGGCUCUCCCUGGAGCCCUGCUUUAACUGUCAGGAACACAAACACGUUCUUCUUUUGGCUUUGAUCCACAAACAUAUCAGGGGAAAAAAAAAAUAAAGUUAAUUCUGGUGCUUUAUGGAUAGUUCUUAUCAGCUCACAGUUAAUGGCAUCUUUGCUCUCCAGUGAAAGGUUAAUAGCCAUAUUUGCCCAGCAUUCAUCAGAAUUAGAAUCCAUCUAAUCUCCAGAAUAAGUAACAAGAAGGCAGCAGAUGAGCCCAAAGGUGAAUCUGCCCAAGGAUAAAAGCCUCUUGUGAGCUGCUUCAGGGAAAAGCCUUCAGUAACUGAAUGUCAAGGCCUCCAUGGCCACUGGAGCAGUCCCACACAAACAGUCCUAAGGACUUUUCUCCCUGCAAUAAUACCUGGUAAGAUGACUGUGUCUUGUAUCCCAGGAGCUCUGUAGCAAUCAGCCUCACUGGAGAUUUACUUGCUCUGCACAGCUCAGGUGUCUCACCUGACCUGAGAUCCCAUCUCCUGCUCCAGCUGCCUGGACUGUGACUCCUCCUGUUUCCCCAUCAUUAUCUUCACCUUAAUGAACUUGCCCUGCUUCUGGCAAAGCAUCCCAUACCCAGCCCUUCCAGCUGGAGCAGACCCAAGGAAAUUAAUUCCUCUGUCCUUGCCCUCCCUCAUUCCUUUGCUCUGCCACGUCAAAA